UCGCCUAUAUCGACAUCAGUAUGAUGCGACCAUGUGAUCAGUGUGCGUUCUGCCGAACAACAUGGCUAAUACAAUCGGUGGCUCAAAAUUAUUCAUUCCAAAACCUCCGGCUAAAGGAAGUUUUCCAUUGGAUCAUUAUGGUGAAUGUAAACAUAUUAUGGAACAAUAUACCGAUUGUUUACGUCGAACAAAUUCAAAAGUAACCGCUAAAUGUCAAACACUUGCUCGCCAAUAUCUUGAAUGUCGUAUGGAAAAAGAUUUGAUGGCAAAAGAAGAUUUUAAAUAUUUAGGUUUCGAUGCUAAUGAUGAUGAUGAUGGUGAUCAAAAAAAAUCCAAAUCUCAAAACUAAUUAUCACAACCAUGUCUAAUACGAAUAAUAAU